UUUUUUUUUGACCGGCAGAUGAGCAGCAGCAUAGCGUCACGAUGAACGUCUGUAUGUUCGCCACGCUUCUAUUUGGUGUGUUUCCUUUGGCCCGGUCCUCAACCAGACAAGUGGGUCUGGCCGGCAAAGUCCUGGUCUUCCCUUACGAGACGGAUUUCAGCUACGUGACCCUGAUGCCGCUGAAGGAGAUGGCGCUCAAGGCCUUCACGCUGUGCAUGCGGGUGGCCACCGAGCUGCCCGAGGAGCGCCAGAUCAUCCUGUUCGCCUACCGCACGGCCGACUACGACGAGCUCAACGUGUGGCGCGAGAAGGACGGGCGCAUUUCUUUUUACAUGAGCGGCGACGGCGUUUUCUUCUACCUCCCCCCGCUGGGCACUUUCCGCACCGGCCUCUGCCUGACCUGGGAAUCCGGCGCCGGCCUCGCCGCUUUCUGGGUGGACGGGAAGCGCAGCACCUACCAGGUGUACAAACCCGGACACAGCAUCCGUCCCGAGGGCACCGUCCUCCUCGGCCAGGACCCCGACAAACAUUUGGGGGGCUUGGAGGCCCUGCAGAGCUUCGUGGGGGAGUUGACCGACGUGAACAUGUGGGACUACGUCCUCUCCAGGAGCGCCAUCCAAGCCUGGCAUCACGGCGGCAAGGUACCGAAAGGCAACAUCUUCGACUGGGCCACCGUUGAUUACGCGCUCAACGGCAACGUCAUGGUGGUGGAAGACGACUGACUGACUGCGGUGUCCGGGGGGGGGGAGCCAGACGUGCAAGUUGGACCACCUCUGGUAUGGCUGAUCGCUCACCUUGCUUACAUUUUGAUCUAACGUUAUGUUACGGUAGUGGUUCUCAAACUGGGGUCCCCGGGCCCAUGGGAGUCUUAAGAGCUGGAGGUUGGGGGUCCGUGAAAUGAUUUGCAAUAAACAGUAUCAUUUAAAAAAAAGUGCGUGCAUACAUAAGGAUGCAACAAAAUAAACACUAAACGUGUACUCCUGUGGGCCAAAUAAAACCUCUUUGAUAUUAUUUAUAUAUAUAUAUAUAUAUAUAUAUAUAUUUUAAAUAAACCAUAUUUUGUUACUGUAAUAGAUCUAAGAGUAAAGAGAAUGACUGAAAAAAACAAAAUGUCAUAUGGUGCACCGCUGAACAUUUGAAGCGCAUUUAAGCACACCAAAAUUAAAUUAUGUAUCUCAAAGUCUCUGUGGUACGGUUAAUAAGAAAAAAACCUGUUUCGUAAGAAUCCGCUGGUUUAUUUGCCGAUAACACAGUAAUACCAUGACUUAGGAGUUAAAUUUGUUUCUGUAAUUCAAGUUAUUCAUAUUCCAAAUCAACCUUACCUGUUGAAAUUAAUGGAAAUUAAACUAAUUUGUUCUAUGCCCCCCACCCCCCAAAAAAGAUAGUGUUUGCAUUGUGAUUGCAUACCUGUACAUUACAAAGUACUGUAUAUCAUUAACAAUGCUGCAACAGCCUAAAAAAUUAGGGGCAUUUAUUAAAAAAAUGCACAACUAAAUAGUAAUAAGUAGUGGUAACUAAAACUCUGAAAUCAAAUGUAGUGCAGUGCUUAAA